GGAGCCUCUGAGACUGAUAAAAUUCUUAAAAGUUUUGGAUAUAUCGUACAACGAGAUAGGUUCGCAUUCGAUCGACACAACCAGAUAUCUCUUCUCAUCUCCACUGUCGCAUUCCGAAGAAAUUGAUUUGAGCAGUGAUGAAAUGGCAACAAAUUUUACUGAUAUGGCAAGUUACUGGGAAGCAUAUUUUCUAUUCAAAGAUAUAAGCUUGAUGCAAUUGGAUAUAGAAGGAAACACAAUAUCUAGUGAAAGUUUCAAAGCAUUUCUGGUAAAGAUUCUUCCCAAACUCCACUGGCUUGAUGGGAAACGGGUACAAUAGAUAUGGCUUAAUUUAUCUACAUCCAAUCCUCUGUCCAUUGUGGUUGUUCAUCCCCUGAAUGUAAAAAGGUACGCUACGAACUAGCAUUGAUCCUAAAUUGAAGACAUUGGUUUUGAUUUCUUCCCAAUGCAAGGUUAAGAACUAAGGAUUUGAUAUUGCAUCCAAUAAGCAUAGGUUAUUUAAGAUUUUGGUGAUAGUGAAAAUUAGGUGACAUGUCUCGAAAGCUUAAAGGGAUACAUGAGGUAUGGAGAUGGAGAUGGAUGUGGUUACAACAUGGAAAUGAAUACGGUGCCCAGUUUUUUGGACUGCUCUAAAUCAAAUUUUAUCAUAUACAUUAUGAUACUGUGUGCCAAUUGUAUUUAAAAAGGUACUGAACUUUACAUUUUUGUUGUCCCAAAUUUUGAAGGAUUGUAGUUUUAAUAAUUCUUAUAAUAACUAUCAAUGUUAAUUAAAAACUUCAGUAUAUUUACAAUUUUUCUAAAAAUGUUUGCUAUACGUUUAGUUAUUAUCUUGAUCAAUUGCCCCAAGAGAAAAAUUACCCUGGACUAUUUCCCAAAAACAUCUUCUAGUCGUCCAUCAGCUAUAGUUUCAAAUCUGUGUGGGCCCAGUCGGCCCAGUUCAUUGGGCCUGAGAAUAGAGAUCAUGAACCGGACGGCCCAAACCUUUUUCAGGCCCCAGCCAAGCCUGGCCUACAAACUUCUAACCUAAAACCUUAUCCGUUGAAGCAAUCCAAUAAAACAAAGCCACGUAAGCACCCAGGAUCUAAAAAUGUAUCCAAAUCCACCAAUCUGAGGCCACAAAUUUAGCCUCUGUGGCUGAAUGGAUGUCGAAUUACAAGAAUCUCUCGAUUUCUUCCUCUUAAAUCCAUUUACCCUUCAAACAAAUAAACACAAAAUAAAGAAAAGGAGAAGAAACAAUUGUCGUAAUUAGCAGCAAGAAAUGGCAGCUACCAUGAUGACCUUCGUCCCUCAGUUUAAUGGCCUCAGGCCCACUGCUUCAGUAGCUCCGGUUCGCAGUCUGGUGGCCGUGCAACCGCUGAGGCGGAGGGGCGGCGGCGCUCUCAGUGCUCGUUGUGGUGAUUACAUUGGCUCACCUACCAACUUGAUAAUGGUGAUAUCGACGAGCCUGAUGCUGUUCGCUGGGAGGUUCGGAUUGGCUCCAUCGGCAAACAGGAAAUCAACGGCGGGGCUGAAGCUGGAGGCGAGGGACUCUGGGCUACAGACGGGUGACCCAGCGGGUUUCACCCUCGCCGAUACUUUGGCAUGUGGCAGUGUCGGCCACAUCAUUGGCGUCGGUGUUGUUCUUGGCCUUAAGGGCAUUGGCUCUUUGUAAAAAUAUUUCUCUUUUUCUUUUUUCUUUUUCAAAAAUUAAAAUACAAAGACAUGUGUGUUUGUGCUGUUCGAUCUAAUGAUGUCUUUGCCAUUCUCCAGUUUAGUUUA